AUGAAGCGACAGCACGAAGAACGGGACCAACCCUCCAACAAGAAACCCAAGCACGCCUCCAACGCAGUCACCGCCUACGUCCCUUUCACGCACCGCUCCACCGUAACCUACAACCGCGCCGCCUCCACCGCUCCAGACUUAACCUACGACCGCCUGGAGUUCCUCGGCGACGCCUACAUCGAAAUCAUCGCCAGCCGCCUCAUCUUCGAGCGCUUCAACUACCUGCCCGUUGGCCGGCAAUCGCAGCUCCGCGAAUUGGUGGUCAAGAACGAGACGCUAGCGGAGUAUAGCCGCGCCUAUGGGCUCGACAAGCGCGUGGAAGUGGCUGCGCUGGAGCAGAUGCGGGAGGAAGGGAAGCAGAAGGGGAAUAAGGGCUUCAACAAGGUUCUUGGGGAUGUAUUUGAGGCUUAUGUCGCGGCUGUGAUUCUUUCGGAUGCGGAGGAAGGGUUUGCGGUCGCGGAGAAGUGGCUGACGAGUCUGUGGGCGAUGAAGUUGGAGGAGGCGGUGAAGGACGAGCGGCCUGUUGGUGGGCAUGGGGCACAGCUUACGCAUUCGGAUUAUAAGGCUGAUGCGCGGAAGAUGUAUGAUCCAGCGGCGAAAGCGGAGCUGCAGAAGCGGGUUCUCGAUAAUGGCGUGAAGCUCGGCUACGAGGUUGACAGGCCGCCUCUGGAGUUGAAGGGUGAUCAGCUUGGUCAGAACAGGCAUUUCAUUGCUCUCUACCUGACGGGCUACGGAUACGAGAGGCGACUGCUGGGAAAGGGUGAGGGGAAGAACAAGGUCGAGGCGGGCAACUGGGCGGCGACGGACGCGAUGCAUGGAGAGAGCAAGGGGAUCGUGGAGGAGUGCGCGGAGAAGCUGAAGCUGAUUAAGAAGGAGAGAGCGGAGAAGAAGGCAAGGCUGUUGGCGGAGCAGGAGGCUGCGGCUGCUGGGUCGCCGAAGCAGGAGACGGGAUGA